UCCACAGCAGCAUCAGAUAUAGUAUAGGUCAGCGCUUGAUAAUUAUUAGAAUUAAUCUAUUCACUGUUCAAAUGAAGAUCCUGCAAUACUUUUCGGUUUUGGUGCUGAUUUUCGCUACAGCAUCUGCCAUCAGAUGUUACACAUGCCUUGUUUGUGACACAGUCGAUUCAUCAACAGAAACUAGAGAAUGUAAUGGGACUGAAACGACCUGCACAAAAAUAGAAGCAACAUUGAUGGGCGUUCGCCAAGUUGGGCGUGUGUGCAGCAGUGGAUCAGAUGGAUGCAGCACUGUCGGUGAUGUGAAUAGCGAUACUUUCACAACUACGUGUUAUUGUAACACAGAUCUAUGCAAUGGAGCAUCCUCAAAACAGAUAGGAGUCAAAGAAGCAAUUCUUGUCUUCUCUAUAUCAGCACUGGUGUUCAGGCAAUACAUUUAAUAGUUGCAACUAUAAGCCUUGAGUGUUUUUGUUUGUUGAAUGAGCUGUAAUCAUUGUUGAAUAAAUUAAACAGAC